AAUUUGCUAAUUUCUCACUCGAUUCAAAAAUACAAACAACCCGUCCACUCUGUUUCUCUCUCUCAAAUAUCACACGAAAUCUCUGCCUUUUCUCUCUCCCUAAGCAUUCCAUUGGAUUGGAUCUCUUCCCAUACCCCAUAUAUAUAUAUAUACAACAAUUCAUACACAUACAUACAUAUACCUAUAUAUCUAUAUUUUCUGUAUAGAUCCGCCGCCCAUACCUGAUUAUUUUAUGAGGAACGAAGAGAUUGAAAUUAGUUCCGAUGACAACGAUUUACCGUCGUCGGCGCCACGUGUCGGCCGGAAAUAUGGCCCCGUCGUUGCUCACGAUCAUGAUCCCGUCGUUCUCGAGAUGUCGUCAUUCGAUCGUGGAUCUUCUUCUAAUAACAAAGUAAAAACAACCACGGGUGCGGGUGCAAGAGAAGAAUCAAUGCCAAAUGAUCGAGAACUCAAUGGUGAACACAAAGAUUCCAAAUUGGAAUUAUUUGGCUUUGAUUCUCUUGUUAACAUUCUUGGUCUCAAAAGUAUGACAGGAGAGCCGAUCCCUGUACCUACGAGUCCUAGAGGCCGUGAAGAUAGCUCUGGUGCACACCAUCCAACAAUGCAGACUAGAAGUGUUGUCAAAUCAGGAACGAUGAUGGGAGUCUUCAUCCCAUGCUUGCAGAACAUAUUGGGCAUUAUCUACUACAUCAGGUUUUCGUGGAUUGUUGGCAUGGCGGGCAUAGGUGGAUCUUUACUGGUAGUUGCCCUAUGUGGCUUGUGUACUUUCUUGACUGCAGUAUCAUUGAGUGCAAUUGCGACUAAUGGUGCAAUGAAGGGCGGGGGGCCUUACUAUCUCAUUGGUCGUGCUUUGGGUCCUGAAGUUGGAGUCAGCAUAGGACUAUGUUUCUUUUUAGGGAAUGCAGUUGCUGGAUCUAUGUAUGUUUUGGGAGCAGUGGAGACCUUCUUGAAUGCUGUUCCAAAGGCGGGACUUUUUAGAGAGACCAUCACACAAGUCAACGGGACAGCAGUAGCAGAACCUAUAACAACUCCAAGUUUACAUGACCUGCAAAUCUAUGGAAUUAUUGUGACUAUAAUUUUAGUGUUUAUAGUUUUUGGAGGCGUGAAAAUGAUCAACAAGGUUGCACCAGCUUUUCUUAUACCUGUUCUUUUUUCACUCCUCUGCAUAUUCAUUGGGAUUUUUGCAGCAAGGAAGGAUAAUCCAGUAGUUGGUAUUACGGGCUUGAGUUUGAAAUCUUUCAAAGACAAUUGGGGAUCUGAUUAUCAAACGACAAACAAUGCUGGAAUACCCGAUCCAAAUGGAGAAAUUAAUUGGCAUUUCAAUGCGUUAGUUGGUCUUUUCUUUCCUGCUGUAACGGGAAUUAUGGCCGGUUCAAACCGCUCUUCAUCAUUGAAAGACACUCAGCGUUCUAUCCCUAUUGGAACUUUGGCUGCAACACUAACAACUACUGCAAUGUACUUCAUUUCUGUGUUCCUAUUGGGAUCUGUAGCUACCAGAGAGAAGCUUUUUACAGACAGAUUAUUGACGGCAACCAUUGCUUGGCCUUCCUCAGCAAUCAUAUACAUAGGAAUCAUUCUUUCAACUUUGGGUGCUGCUCUACAGAGUCUAACUGGUGCACCACGUUUGCUUGCGGCUAUAGCCAAUGAUGACAUUCUACCAGUUCUCAAUUAUUUCAAGGUUGCAGAUGGCAGUGAACCUCAUGUCGCAACUUUCUUCACGGCAUUCCUCUGUAUUGCAUGCGUUGUAAUUGGAAAUCUCGAUCUUAUCUCCCCAACCAUAACUAUGUUCUAUCUACUGUGUUAUGCGGGUGUCAACCUGUCCUGCUUUCUUCUGGAUCUUUUAGAUGCUCCUAGCUGGCGUCCUCGUUGGAAGUUUCACCAUUGGAGUCUCUCUCUUUUUGGAGCAUCUCUUUGUAUCGUAAUCAUGUUUUUGAUUUCUUGGUCAUUCACUGUGGUGUCCCUUGCUCUGGCUAGCCUCAUAUACUAUUAUGUCAGCAUCAAGGGAAAAGCCGGGGACUGGGGAGAUGGUUUCAAAAGUGCUUACUUUCAGCUGGCUCUUCGCAGUCUACGAUCUUUGGGAGCAAGCAAUGUUCAUCCGAAGAACUGGUAUCCCAUUCCCCUCAUCUUCUGCCGACCAUGGGGUAAAUUACCUGAAAAUGUUCCAUGUCAUCCAAAACUUGCCGAUUUUGCCAAUUGCAUGAAGAAAAAGGGUCGAGGUAUGUCCAUAUUUGUCGACAUUUUAGAUGGAGACUACCAUGAAUGUGCUGAAGAUGCUAAAACUGCUUGCAAAAAUCUAGCGACCUACAUUGAAUACAAACGAUGUGAAGGCGUGGCAGAAAUAGUGGUAGCCCCCACCAUGUCAGUUGGUUUCCGAGGUAUUGUCCAAACCAUGGGACUUGGUAAUCUUAAACCUAAUAUUGUGGUGUUACGUUACCCUGAAAUAUGGCGUCGGGAAAACUUAACGGAAAUUCCUGCCACUUUUGUUGGCAUUAUCAACGACUGUAUUGUCGCCAAUAAAGCAGUUGUGAUUGUAAAAGGACUUGAUGAGUGGCCAAAUGAGUAUCAACGACAGUAUGGGACGAUUGAUUUGUAUUGGAUUGUUAGAGAUGGUGGUUUAAUGUUGCUGUUAUCUCAGCUUCUUCUUACUAAAGAGAUGUUUGAAAGCUGCAAAAUUCAAGUUUUUUGUAUUGCCGAAGAGGAUUCCGAUGCGGAGGAGCUUAAAGCUGAUGUAAAGAAGUUUCUUUAUGAUCUUAGGAUGCAAGCUGAAGUUAUUGUCAUUUCAAUGAAGACGUGGGAUCAUAGUAGCGGUAACGGCAGUGGUGGGCCCACCACCCAAGAUGAUUCUGUGGAGGCGUUUAGUGCCGCCCAAGGACGAAUUAAAAAUUAUCUAACGGAAAUGAAGGAACGAGCUCAAAAGGACGGGAAACCACUAAUGGCAGAUGGGAAGAAUGUGGUGGUGAAUGAGCAACAAGUGGAGAAAUUUUUGUAUACCACCCUUAAAUUGAACUCGACGAUUAUGAAUUACUCAAGAAUGGCGGCAGUGGUGUUGGUCAGCCUCCCUCCACCGCCAGUCAACCACCCAUCUUACUUUUACAUGGAGUAUAUGGAUUUGUUGGUGGAGAAUAUUCCCAGGCUUCUAAUGGUUCGAGGGUAUCGUAAAGAUGUUGUGACUUUGUUCACGUAGUCAAUCACCCUAAAACCAUUUUUUUUUUUUUUAAUUUUUAUAACCUUUUCCAUAUAUAGAGUCAAAGAUGUCAGUUUGUAGAUUAAACGUUCGAUUCAUUCUUUGAACCUCUAUUCAGUUUUGUUCUAUUCAAAACGAGCUUUAAUCUUGAA